UAAAUAAAAAUAAAAGCGUCCCCCACUAUAUUUAUUCAUCUAAUUAUAUUUUAUUAUAUAUAUGCGCAAAUAAAAUGAGAACUUGUUUUGUACCAGGAUGCGACAAGAAGUGUAAACAAAUGAAACGUACUAUGUUUAAAGUUCCGAAGGAGAAACAAUUAUUUGAAAAGUGGAUCCAUUCACUACCAAAAGUAAAGCCACUGACAGAAGCGGAUCGUGUCUGUUCCUUGCAUUUUCAUACAGAUGAUGUUCAAAAUACUUUUUAUCAUAUAAUUGAAGGGAAAACUUUGCAUAUACCAAGGGAACGACCAAGACUUAAACUGAAUGCAGUGCCUACACUGAAUAUUCCAAGUGAAAAUGAAUUAGAAAAAUUCAAAUAUGCGCCAAGAAAACAUUUAAAAAAUACAAAAAAUUUCGUAAAUGAUAAAAGUUUUACAUCAAAUAAAUCGAAUAAUUCAUUAAAGACAUCUAAAGACAACCUUGACAUUACAAAUUCUAAGAAUAAAGAAUUAAGUCCGCAAUCUGUAAAUAGCCCAAUUACUGAUAAUAAACAUCCGUAUGCCGCAAUACCUACACAAAAGAAAAUAAAUUCAAGAGAGAAUUCACGAGAAAAAGACUUUACAUAUAAUGCCAUAAACAAUAAACCUGAAAUAGUAAAUGUUGAAUAUUUAAUUUCAUAUCAAGCAACAAAUAUACCAAAGGAAUCCGCUAAAAAAGAUGACAUAUUUUCUGAAACAGACUUAAAAAAUCAAUCUGAGAAAGUUACACUUGAAUCAUAUGCAAAUGAUAAUGAUGUUGAAGCAUUACAACUAAGCGAAGCAAUUAUUAAACCAAAGAAAUUUAAAAAAAGCCAUAGUAUAAAUUCUUGUAGUGAAGAAUUAAAUCGGCAAACUACAAAAGUUCCAUUUACUGCAUAUAAAGAUGAUAAGGCUUCAAUGGAAUUUUCACCGGAAGCAAGCAAAUCAUACAAUGAUCAAUAUCAAAGUUUUUUCGAUGAUAUAUAUGAAGUUGAAUUACCAAAUACCCUCUGGGGAAUACAUCGAUGCCCUGAACGUUCAAUUAUUAUAUUUUCAUAUAUGGACAUCAAACAAAUGAGUCCUACAAAAAUGAUAUCAAUUGACACCGAAGGAAUUAUAAAAAUAUUUUCUAAUAAACAAUUAAUGAAUACUACAUCUUUAUUAAAUGAGGAUAACAACAUACAAAGAGUAUCCAAAUUAUUAUUAGAACUUGAUCAGUUAAACUAA